AUGACAGGAUCCAAUGAGGAUAAAGGAUUAAUAGAAUUUAAAAAUUCUUAUGAAAUGUAUAAUUUAAAUAGAGAAAAUACAUUAUCAAUAAUAAAUGAAGAUGAUGAAUGUAUACAUCAUUCAGUUUUAGUAAAUAGGAAAAACCUCGAUAUAUUUAAUAUAGAUUCAGCAAUGUAUCAAAAACUUGAAUAUAAAAGAAUCUUUAAUUUGAAAUCAAAAAUAAUUAAAAAUGAACCAGUUUUUGCUUCAGAACCAUCAAUUAGUGAAGGAUCAUUGGGUGAAGAUGAAGUUAAAGAUAAUGAAGAGAAUAAUAUAACUCAACCACAAAUACAUACUAUUUUAUGUUUUUUUUUUCCUAUAAUAGGCUGCCUUUCGUAUAUUCUUAAUUUAAAAUAUGAUGAAUCUUCUUUAAGAUAUAUAUAUGCUAAAAGAGCUUUAUGUUUAGGUAGUGCUUUGAGUGUUAUAUACUCUUUCAUUAUUUGCUCUCUGUUAGGACAUUUUUUGUUUCAAUACAACUCCGAUGAUUUACGUGGUUUCACUUAUUAA